AUCAAGCUCAUCAGCACCGUCUCUGUCAGCUCAGUCUUUGCUGAAUCGAACCUAGCUGUUAUUAUUCCUUCCCAACAAGGUGGCAGCUCACCUCCCUCCCCUCGCCUUAACUCCCGUCUCUCUCUCCCUCCCUCUCUCCAGCCUAGCGUUUUCUUGCUCCGUAAAGCUGAAAACUGCUCCAGGUCCAAGAAAAAAGCCACCUUUAUCUCCCCCCUUUCCUUGCCGGCUCGCUCCGGACGGCGGUGACGGUGGUGGGCUCUGCCUCUUCUUGAGGCGCUUCUCCGGAGCAUUUGCUGGCCCGGCUCGGGGCUGCUCGGACCCCGGAGGCUGUGGGAGCGGUUGGCGGCGGAGGGGCGUCGAUCUCGGCCGGAUCUCGGCGAAUGCCCGCCGCGGGGCGCUCCGGUGGACCGGGGCAGGUCAACAUUAUGACGGGGAGGAGGAAGCUGCAUGUGGUGACUUUGGCGAUCUUGUGUUUCUGGUCAUCUGCUGGGGUCUGCAAAGCACAAACAGUGGAUUUCAAGCCUGCCGACAGCUACCUGGUUGACUGUGGGUCUGCCAAGGGCACCACGGUUCUCGGGAGGAACUUCGCUGCCGAUGGGGCAUCUCCGGUGACCGUGUCCACCUCCCAAGAUAUCCUUGCCGGCACCUCGGCCAACGGGGUGUCUUCGUUCGACAACCCGGUGCUUUACCAGACCGCCCGCAUCUUCACGAGCCCGUCAUCCUAUACUUUUCCUAUCCAGAAGCAGGGGCGGCAUUUUGUUCGUCUCUACUUCUACCCCUUCAUCUACCAGACUUAUGAUCUCUCCACCGCCAAGUUCACCGUGUCGACCCAAGAUGUGCUCCUGCUCAGCGAUUUCCAGCAGCCGGACAAGACGGCCCCUCUGUUCAAGGAAUACUCUUUGAACAUCACCCGUGACCAGCUUGUCAUUUCCUUCAAGCCGUCAAACGGAAUUGCAUUCAUCAACGCAAUUGAGGUGGUUUCUGUUCCAGAUGAUCUCAUAGCCGAUGUAGCCAAUAUGGUCAACCCUGUGCAGCAGUACAGCGGUUUGACUACACAGUCACUGGAGACGGUGUAUCGUGUCAACAUGGGUGGUCCGAAGGUCUUCCCAAGCAAUGACACCCUCUCGAGGACUUGGCAGAAGGAUCAGAAGUACAUACUGAACCCCAGUGUGACCAAAACUGCUCAAUAUGGCAAGGCUAUCAACUACAGGAAUGGCGGGGCAACUCCACUGACGGCCCCAGAUAUUGUGUACAGUACAGCUACGGAAUUGGCUGCUUCAAACACAUCCAACGCACUUUUCAACAUGACAUGGCAGUUUGAUGUGGAUGCAGGCUUUAGCUAUCUGAUAAGAUUUCACUUCUGUGAUAUAGUCAGCAAGGCAUUGAACCAGCUCUACUUCAAUGCAUAUGUGGGAGGCUUCUUUGCACAGCAUGAUCUUGAUCUCUCAGAGCAAUCAGUGAAUCAACUGGCUACAGCUAUCUAUGUUGAUGUGGUUCUUUCUUCCAAUGAUGCAUCUAGCAAGCUCAGCAUCAGUAUUGGUCCAUCCACUUUGAACAAUGCAUUGCCUGAUGGGAUUCUGAAUGGCCUUGAGAUUAUGAAGAUGGGCAGUGGCUCUGGUUCUGCUUUCACUGUUGGGAAUAAUGGUUCAAACAAAAAGUUGCCCAUAAUUAUUGGCUCAGUCCUUGGGGUUGUUGGGCUUCUGAUAAUCAUCCUUGUCGUGGUACUGCUUUGCCGGAGGAAGAAGACCGAUGACAAGCAGCACUCCAAGACCUGGAUGCCUUUCUCUAUCAAUGGGCUCACGUCUCUCAGUACAGGAAGUAGAACUUCUUAUGGUACUACACUAACAUCAGGCCUGAAUGGAAGCUAUGGAUAUCGCUUCGCCUUCAAUGUGCUCCAAGAAGCAACAAACAAUUUUGAUGAGAACUGGGUCAUUGGAGUCGGAGGUUUUGGGAAAGUCUACAAGGGAGCGUUGAGGGAUGACACAAAGGUUGCUGUGAAGCGAGGAAACCCCAAGUCUCAGCAAGGUCUCAACGAGUUCCGGACCGAGAUCGAACUCCUUUCACGUCUGCGUCACCGUCACCUGGUGUCUCUGAUUGGGUACUGUGAUGAAAGGAAUGAGAUGAUCUUGGUCUACGAGUACAUGGAGAACGGGACCGUCAAGAGCCACCUAUAUGGUUCAGACAACCCCUCACUCAACUGGAAGCAGCGCCUGGAGAUCUGCAUUGGAGCAGCAAGGGGGCUACACUAUCUUCACACUGGUUCUGCAAAGGCCAUUAUCCACCGUGAUGUCAAGUCUGCAAACAUCUUGCUUGAUGAGAAUCUCCUUGCCAAAGUCGCUGACUUUGGGCUGUCAAAGACUGGGCCCGAGCUGGAUCAAACUCAUGUCAGCACUGCAGUGAAGGGUAGCUUUGGGUACCUUGACCCUGAAUACUUUCGGAGACAGCAGCUGACUGAGAAGUCAGAUGUCUACUCCUUCGGCGUUGUCAUGCUGGAGGUGCUCUGCGCGAGGCCGGUGAUUGACCCUUCGCUCCCAAGGGAAAUGGUGAACUUGGCAGAGUGGGGAAUGAAGUGGCAGAAGAGAGGGGAGCUGCAUCAGAUCGUUGACCAGAAGCUUUCCGGCGCGAUCAGGCCGGACUCUCUAAGGAAGUUCGGCGAGACGGUGGAGAAGUGCCUGGCGGACUACGGCGUGGAGCGGCCGUCGAUGGGGGACGUGCUCUGGAACUUGGAGUAUGUCCUGCAGCUCCAGGACGCGGAUUCUUCGACCGUGUCGGACGUGAACAGCAUGAACCGGAUCGUCGACCUGUCGUCGCAGGUUCAGCACGUCGGUGCCAUGGAGAGCAUCAGCGUGACGAUGGCGGAGGACGGAGCUUCGCACGAGCCUGACCACGACCUCUCCGACGUGUCGAUGAGCAGGGUUUUCUCUCAGCUGAUCAAAGCCGAGGGGAGGUGAAAACGCGCCUGAUGAUCUGUAGGGUACCGUUAGGGGUGUGAGCAAGCCUUGGAUUUUUUUUCUUUUCUUGUUGAAGUUUACCUGAAACGUGUCACGUGUAAUUGGUUGUUUCAUCCCUUGUAAUUGUGUACUGAACUACGGUUUCGAUUUCUGAUGGCCUUACCCAGUUCUGUGGGCACACGAUUUAGCAGAUAUAGGCAUCUUCUUGUAUGGAAUCUACUGUAUUUGGCUGUGGCCAUAUUUAUGUACCGAUGAUGAUGAUCCGGCUAAACGCUGGAUUUUGGAGCC